GGAAUUUGCAUGUUUUGGGGCUGAGCUCAUGGCACAUGAGAAAGGCUGCGUGCCUCCCCUCCCUCUGCAAGAUCAUGGACCACACACAUAUGUAUGCACGUGCUUGCACACAUACAGGCUGCCUGCGUGCUUUUAUUCACCCCCUUCUCAGUAUCCCCCCCCAAAUCCUUUCUGAAUGCCCAGUCCCUGCAUGUCCUCUCUUCCUUUCUGUCCUGCACAAAGAUCCCCAGUGCAGAGGUUCUCUUUCCGGAGGUACUGUGUGUGUUUUCCUGACUGCUCAGGCUCCAUCCUCAUCCCACUGCAGAAAUGGCCCUAUGCUCUCUGGAUGGUGCUGGUGAAGAAUGGUGCAGAAAAAUCACUGGUACUUAUCUAGGGGGAGAGAUGCUUGCUCUGGAUUUUACUGCUUUGUUUUCCUGCUAAUUAUAUGUAUUUAAUUCAGUUUUGGCUUUCAUCAAAGAGAAACCAGAGUUUGGCAUCAUUAACAAUGUGUAGUGUUACCCUCUGCGUGCCUUCACGUUUGAAGCCAUACUGUAGAAACCAUGGUAUUUACUUUCUGCUUUUGUUUUUAUGUUCUACAAAAGACUAACCUGUAGAUACAAGUUGCACCUUGGUCCUAUCAGGUGCUUUGCUGCUUAGGUUAAUGUUCUUCUCUUUUAAAAAGCUACACUAACUAUAGAUGGAGGGGAAAAACUAGCUUAGAUAUGAGGGUGGCAUUUAAAAAUGAGAGCAGAUACAGAUGACUCCAAUUAGCUUACCCUACCAGUGACUCAUAUUUUAUCUUUGCUCGCUAACCCUGUCCCUGCAAAUACUGCAGAUGCCAAGUUUUCUCAUUUUCCCCAAAGCAAUAGGAAAUGUGCCUUCACCAACGGACAGAUUCUCAGUACAAAGCUUGGUGUUAGCACUAGCUUUGGUAACUCAGCACUUUUCUGACAGAUUUUGCAUCUGGUUUUGUGUGUGUUCCUGCAGGCUCUGGGAGGCACCGUGCCAGAGGAGUUUUCCUGUUGCUGGGUGAGCAGCUUCUCUUUCAGGCAUGAGGUUGAAGGAGGGUGGUGUGCUGUUGCUAAACCUAUCAAAGGCCCGUUUGUUCUCCAGGAAAUCCACCUUCAAGACAGAGCUUCAAUUGAGCAGGAAUGUGUCCUUUCUCUGUCUCAUUCCAUGAAAUGAAUGCCCAGCAACAGCUAAAGCAGCCUGAAAACCUUGUUUGGGCUGCCCAUAUUAAUAAACUUUUUUUGAAAGUAGUGCCCUAUGUAAUAGGAGAUUCAGAAGACUGUGUUAUAGCAUUUUGGAGUACAGGUAAUGUUUAACCAAUGUCUAGUUUGAAUUAUCUGCAAAAUCUAUCAGAAGGAAAUGUUGGCUCUCUUAAUAGGCUGUUUGCAUUUAUAGGGUUGAGCUGCUGAGAAGAGACUUGCUCCUGAGCAGUACCAUGCUACCAAAGACUGCCAUGCUGUCCUUAAAUUUAGCAGUGACUUAUAAAUAUCCUGCAAUUCAGCAGCCUUCUCGAGAAGGGAAAAAGCAGAUUUGCUCUGAUAGGCAAACGUGCAAUACCGAGAUGACCUCCCUGACGGACGGCUCUCCUGUCAGCGCCUUGGAACAGGAGGCUCUGGUUAAACCAAAGCCACUGUUGUUGAAGCUGUUGAAGUUAGCUGGUGCAGAAAAAGACACUUUUACUAUGAAGGAGGUAAUAUUCUAUCUUGGACAAUAUAUUAUGUCUAAACAGUUAUACGAUGAAAAAGAGCAGCAUAUUGUGCACUGUGCAAAUGAUCUUCUUGGGGAUUUAUUUGGAGUGACGAGCUUUUCAGUAAAAGAGCACAGGAGAAUAUAUUCCAUGAUUUCCAGAAAUCUGAUAGCAAUCAAUCAACAAGACUCUACACUGGCUGUUCCACCUGAGGACGAUGCCAGAUUUCGGCUUGAAAAAGAAACUGUUCUAAAGGAGUCCAUGCAAGAGUUAGAAGAGAAGCAGACUUCAUCGAAUGCAACUUCGCAGCCAACAACAUCUUCUAGGAGGAGAACACACAGUGAAUCUGAAGAAAAUUCUUCAGAUGAUCUGCAUAGUGACAGAAGAAAACGUCAUAAGUCAGACAGCAUCUCGUUGACCUUUGAUGAAAGUCUCUCAUGGUGUGUAGUCAGCGGGCUGUGCCGGGACAGAAGCAACAGCAGUGAUUCCACAGACUCUGUUUCCAUUCCUGAUCUUGAUGCCAGUUCGCUAAGUGAAAACUCUGAUUGGUUUGACCACGGUUCUGUUUCAGACCAGUUUAGUGUAGAGUUUGAAGUUGAAUCUAUUUAUUCAGAAGACUAUAGCCAUAAUGAAGAAGGACAGGAGCUCACAGAUGAAGAUGAUGAGGUGUAUCAGCUGACUAUUUAUCAAGAUGAAGAUAGUGAUUCUGAUUCAUUCAAUGAAGAUCCAGAGAUUUCUCUAGCUGACUACUGGAAGUGCCCUGAAUGCAGUGAAAUGAAUCCUCCGCUUCCACGCCAUUGCCACAGAUGUUGGGCCCUCCGUGAGGACUGGCUUCCUGAUGCAAAGAGCGAUAAACUGGUGAAGAGCAAAUCAGAAGGCUCUUUCCACCUGGAAUCUGACGAAGGUUUUGAUGUUCCUGACUGUAAGAAAGUGAAAACGGAUGAAGAUAAAGAACCAGCUGUGGAGGAGAAUGAAGAUAAAGCAGUACAGAUAUCUGAGUCCCAGGAAAGUGAAGAUUAUUCUCAGCCAUCUACAUCUAGCAGCGCGUUUUGCAGCAGCCAGGAGGACUUCAAGGAACCUGAGAAGAAAGAAAUGAAAGACAAAGAGGAAGGUACGGAGACCAGUCUGCCUGUUAGCAGCAUAGAGCCCUGUGUCAUAUGCCAAAGCAGGCCAAAAAAUGGCUGCAUAGUACAUGGCAAAACAGGACAUCUCAUGUCGUGUUUUACGUGUGCAAGAAAACUGAAGAAGAGGAACAAGCCCUGCCCAGUGUGCAGGCAGCCCAUCCAAAUGAUUGUACUAACUUAUUUUGGCUAAGGUGAUGGAAAGCAACAAAAGGAGCUCAUAAACUGGUACAGCAAAUAAGAGAGUAAGAAAUUAUUUUUAUAUGCUUAUUGCAGAUGACUAUUUUGGGUGUCUUUAUGUUUGUUAUGAAAAGUCAUUGCUGAAGUAAAUGCACUGGAGUUGUAAAGUUUAGCCUGAUAUUUGCUAGUUAAUUUAACCUUGAACAUUUUAUAUCCCUCUCAGUAGAAGUAACCAAUUCCUGUUGGUCAGUGUUUGACUUUCCAGGUGUUUUACUGUGCAUAAAAGUCAGUAACGUUUCAAUUAUGAUAUUGACUACAAAUAUUGCAAGCCCCUGUUCAGCGAUGAUCAGAAGAGGGACGUUUUGAAGAGUUCAUUUAAAAUCAGUUAAGAAGAAAGAAGAUUACAUUCCACAAUCUGUUGCCUAGCGAAAGCACCAGGCAGAAUCAGAACCAUCUGAGUAAGUCAAUAAAAGAACAAAAUAGAGCCUUGUUUCCCCUCACUCCCGAAAAAUUAAAUCGCUUUGAGAAGGAGAUUUUUUGGAUGCUUGUUGGGAAACCAGGGAAGCUGUGGUAGAAAGUAACAUUCAAGGUUUUGGGAAUUGAAGAGGGUACGGUGUGUUUUGUUUCUGUAGUGUACUUUGUGAACUUCAGGGCUGUCUGAGUGCUCUGUGAGAAGUCACUGAGAGUUACAGUCUUACGGUUACCUCUUAAAUGUCCUGAGAAAGAGACUUUGGACACAUGGUGUGGAUGUGGUGGUCUGUACUGUCCUCGUCAUUUUAGCAAAGUGUGCAAGAUGUGAACAGGAAAGAAAAAGUGAGGAACUUAGCUAAAAAGUAAGGCAAAGCACCAACAAUAGGGGAUGUUUAUAGCUUGGUUUUUUUUUUUUCCUGCACUUGAUUAAAAAUAGUAAGAAAAAAAGUCCACCUCCACCUGCAGAGAGAGAGAAAGCUCUGUCAUUCUACUUUGCUCAGAUUGUUAAGUUCAGCAGCCUUUCUAACUUUUGCCAUUGUCUUUUUUUGUGUAUCACAAGAAUUUUGAAAACCUGCUGCAAAGUUUUUGGCCAGAUAAGAGUUUGUCUCAGUUGGAUCCGUCCUUCUUUUAGCUCUUGUGCCCUCAGUGUACUUCCACAAAACCCUCGUGAAAUUUAUCAGUUUCUUUAUGAAGAAGUCUGCUAAUUGACUUUGGUCUGUGAUGCAUUCAAAGGAGAUAACAUGAGUGCAUCUCUGUAAGCUGAAGUGUCUAAAAAUGUAGUUAGAUUUCUCAUCUGAUCUGAUCUUCAGAUGCAGAAUUCCUGCACAAGUGGCUUCUGUCUCUUCCUGUGGAUGACCCUAAGAGGAUUUGGGUGUUCUCAGCUUGUUAAUCUGACAGGUAGUUAAAGUUCAGCUGUCCUGCAGGGGCCUACAAAUACUCUUGGAGUCAGGAGAGCUCCAAGAAUGGAGAUGAGAUCUAAAUGCAGAAGUUGUGCUGUGUUUUACCAUCUCACAACCUUCAGAGAAGUGGCUUCCUUACCUUCGUGGUGCCAGUCCAAAACUGCCUCUGUGCACAAAGGCCUGUGGUGUUAAAAUUUCUUCCACAUCAAAAACCUGAAAUAUUUAUUCCACUAUAAGUGCCUGGAAACCAGGACUGGAAGCACCAGGAAUACAGGGAAGUGCCUGCUAAUUUUCCUAGUUACUUCCUUGUGGGAAAUAAAAAGUGUACAGCAGAAACUUGGUAAACACGUGUGACUGCAAAGAAAUUCCCAAAUUACCUGAGUCAGUGAUGUUUGUGCAGUUGAGCUGACUGCUGAAAGCUACUGCUAAAGGAUAGCGGUAGCUCUGAAGCUUCACCGUUGUUCCUUUUAACUAAACAAAACAGAGAACUCAGUUGUGUGUUUCUUCAAAGAAAGAAUUGCUUUACGUGCAGAUCCUGACUCCAUUCAUACUGCUUCCUCUUCAUUUCUCUGCAUUUGUAUUUGCUAAAUUGAAGCACAGUGAAGCUUACAGAGACUGUUCAGUGCUGCUGCAGGUCAGAACUGAUCAGCAGUCCGAUUGGUCUGCAGUGUGCAGCUGGCAGAGAAUUCCCAGCUUGUGUAGUUGGGAGAAGCACUGAUGAAAUGGGGAGUGCGCUUGAGAGACACUGCAGUGGACGAAUAGUUCAUGUCUUUUUCAGUUGGAUACCUUCUCUGCAGUCACUGUGAUUGCUGUAGAACCCCAGCUGUGGGAAGCAGCUGCCACUAACCCAGUUCCUGCUGGGACAAAUUGUGCUGUUCUGCUCUGGGCAUUCUCUUCCAGCUCCCUUGUGUGAUCUCCAUAUUGGAGAAAAAAAAAAAAAAAAGAAAUCAGCUCUUAAUAAUGCCUGAGUAGUCACAGCAAUGAUGUUGGUGUUUGCAAGCACUCAGCUUUGGGAUUUUCCUUCAGAAACAGUUCCGUCUCAUCUCCUAUUAAACCUGCGUUGGCAGAAGGUAAAAUGGGAGCAUACAGCACAGCUGACUUCUCCAUUUGUGAUCUAAAGUUUUACUUCUUUAGCACAUAUUCUUUUGUGGAGAGCAGCCCUGGAAACACUCGCUGCUCCACACAGUGCUAAGGAGAUUCAGGUGAUUCAGGUGAUUCAGGGGCCUGCGUCCUUGGCCAUAUUGCUCUCUCAGAGUAAAUUUUUAUUUUGAAUUCUGUUUUCUGGCUUAAUGUUAUUUUUAACAGCCAGGAAGGUUUGCUGUUUGUUUGUUCUUGUCUUUUCCUUUCUUUUUUAAAAGCGUGCCUUACAAAUAAGGGAGCAGAGUGGUGGGGUAUUGGCAUCUGUCUCAUUUCCCACUGGAGCAGCUGCUGGGGACGCGCACAGUGCAGGGCAGACCAAGACCCAACUGAGAGCAACGUUGGUCACCCUGCGCUGCGCUGACCGUAAGCUGUUGGCUGCUCUCCUCUUUGUGGCAGACUUUUGCCCUUCCUUGUGUAAGGGUGCAAAAGUUGGCAACGUUGUAGCAUGAAAGUGGACUCCUGUUCUUACUUGGUGAGGUCUUUGAGAUUAUUGAGUUAUUUAAUAUUGUACGCAUUUUAAUCAUUAAUUUAUUGCAGUUUGUAAAUAUUCUUGUGCUUAUAGUUAGUGUUGUGAGCUUUAAUUUAUUGGAUUGGUCUGUUGGUACCUGUACAGAUAAACACAUGUGCUUGCUAAGUCACAGCUACAAGAAGGACAUUUAAGGAAUUGUAGCAUUAAAACAGAGAUGCAGACUACAUUCAGGUGGAGAGAUGGAAGACAUAUGCCUUUGUUUUCAUUUUUCCUUCCCUUAAAAUCGUCUUGGUGUUGAAACUGUAAAAUGCUUACUGAAUAGAGAUGAAAGCUAAUGCGACAUGAACACGGGGAAACUGCUUGGGUGGUGGUUUCUGUAGGAAUGCUUCUGUCUCCCACUGCAGCCACACACAGCUCUGUUAACAUCGGAGGGCAGGUCUGCAAGGUGGCCAGAACUGAUCAGUGGGAGGCGUCGUAUUGAAUAUCUGUGUUAGGAGUGAUUGCCCUCACCCUUGGGAAGGUGACCAAGAGAGAUGGGGGAACCAACAGAAUAGAGAAGGGCCCAGUUCCAGUCACUGUCUCUGAGCUUCAAGUAAGCAGUAAUUGGGUACAACUGCUGCAAGAACUCACCGUUGUUUGUUGUGUUGUGUUUUUUUUUUUUUUUUUAAGUGCAAGAAAAUCACACUUGGAUUAAAGGCUUCAUUCCCUUUAACCAAGAAAGCUAAGUGUGGAGCGAAAUACUCGAAGCAGCUUCUAACAGAAGUGUGGGAAUGAAGCAGGUAACGGGGUUGCUGGUGGUAGCGAGUGUUUGUGCUGCAAAGGUUGGUUUUGUAGAGCAGCUCCUAUGGAGCACUGUCUGUUUGUGGCACUGAGCAGUGUGAUAUCUGCCACGCUGAGGCUCUGGCUGUAGCUUCAGUGAGGAGGCUGAUUUACAGAGGGUGAAGAUGCUACAAAGGGUAACUGGUGAGGUGUUGCAUUUAUUUCUAACAGCCUGGUACAUCUUUGUCACGGAGUUCCAAUUCCCAUGUGUUUGUUUAGAUGUCACUCUGAAAUUUCUGUAUGGAUGGAAGGACUUAAAGCUCUUUUUUUUCCCCUACAAGACAAACAUGAGGACAAAAAGAAAUUCCUCAUUCUUAAAGAAAGCACAAACAAGAAUAAUUUUCAGUAAACUGUGAUUAUACAGGAGGGAGAGUAGGAAAUUAUUAAAGCAUGAAUAAUGAAACAACAAAAUGAGGUGAAUAAAUAAAUGAGGAUUGGGUUGAAACAUUCUUUCUCAUCUUAACCAGAAGUUGUGUUGUGUUUACCCCAGGCAGAGGAGAUGCUUUGCUGUGCAACACAGCCUAAAGGGGAGGGCAGUUGAUGCUGUGCUAUGUGGCAGUAGAAAAGAGCUUUGAACACAUGCACUUGUAAUGACUUGCAGGGUGGCACAGCUCCUGCCUGCCUCCAGCUCUGCUCACUGCCUUUGUUACUCACAGUGCAGGCAGAGGUGCAUGGGGGCUCUUGGAAUAUUGAAGGGUUGCGUCUCGCAGUGUUGCUUCCAACUAACGUAUGCUUGCUUACCACAGGUGCACUGAAAAGGAGAACGUCUUUCUGUCGCAUAUAUUGUAUGUGUAGAAGUUGUUGUUGACACUUUAGGAAGUGUUGUCUCCUCUGUUUCACUAGAUGUUGCUUUCAGGGGGCAGUUCUUGUUCUUGAGCUAAAUUAGUGGCAGUCACCAUCCUGAUGCCAUAACACCUAAAAUAUCAAAUGGCAUUUCCCAAAGCGGAGUCUUACUUUGUUGUCUGACUCUGCAGAGCUGAAAUCAUUAUUAAAUAGACAGCUGAGUGUGAGAUUACAAACUAUGCAAUUUUGCCACUCCUGUAGGCUGCCCCCGUGACUUACUGGAUGUAUUUCUGUCGGUCAUUCAGUGAGAUACAGCUCUCUGCUCAUUGCACAGAGUAUAGUUACACUGACAAGAAGAAUUCCCAACAUGUACUACAUUUGUGUUUCAAGUUUUUCCUUUUCUGGUGAAACUGAACAUUUUAUCUGUUUAAAAGCUUUAAAUAAAGAUGUUUAUAUCCUCCUCA